CAUGCGCCUCUCCGCGCUCGCGCCUCUAUAGUGACGGGGCGGGUCCCGCGGGCGAGGGGCUGAGUGGGCGGGGCGCGGUUCCGCGCGGUCACGUGGCCGGCUGUCAAAGAGAGGAUGAGGGAGCGCGCGCGGAGGGCGGCCACGGGGGCGCGCGCAGACGGCCCCGCCCCUCCAGGGCGUUGACAGCAAGACAGCAGAAUGAAGACCACAUGCUGUAGUCGAUUUGUGCUUUGCUCCAAGACAACUGCCUAUACCUUUCUGCUUGGAGGAGUGUUUAUUGCGCUGGGCUCAAGUCGAAUCCUCCUGAUGAAGUAUUCUGCCAAUGAAGAUAACAAAUAUGAUUACCUUCCGACAACAGUAAACAUAUGUUCUGAAGUAGUAAAACUGGUCCUGUGUGUGAUAUUGGCACUGUGGGUUAAGAAAAAAGAGGGUUGUUUGGAUCCCUUUGAAUGUCUUUCCUGGAAGAAUUUUUGGAAUUCCAUGAAAUGGUCCAUUCCUGCCUUUCUUUACUUUUUGGAUAACUUGAUUGUCUUCUACGUACUGUCCUACCUCCAGCCAGCAAUGGCUGUACUCUUCUCAAAUUUUGUCAUUAUAACAACAGCUCUUCUCUUCAGGAUAGUGCUAAAGCGAAAGCUCUCUUGGGUACAAUGGGCAUCUCUGGUGAUUUUAUUCCUGUCCAUCGUUGCCCUGACUCUUGGAACUGGAGGACAUCAUCAAAGCUUGGCUGCACACGGAUUCCAUCACAAUAUGUUUUUCAGUCUGUCUAACCACUGCCUUCUCUAUACUGGACCUGAGGAAGCAUGCCUGGAAAAGGGCAACUGCGUAGCACCAAGUUUCCUUCACAGCUUCCAGUGGAAUGUCACCAGUACCAUGGCAGGAGCAUUAAAACCUCUCCGUCUUAGCUUGGGCCAUCUGCUUAUUCUAGUGCAGUGUUUCAUUUCUGCCCUGGCUAACAUCUACAAUGAAAAGAUCUUGAAAGAUGGGGAUCAGCUUGCUGAAAGCAUCUUUGUGCAGAACAGCAAACUCUAUGCUUUUGGGGUGCUCUUCAAUGGCCUGAUGCUGGGGCUGCGGACUAAGGACCGAAGGCUGAUAGAGAAUUGUGGCUUCUUCUAUGGGCACAACAUCUUUUCAGUGGCUCUCAUAUUUGUCACAGCUUUCCUAGGGCUGUCUGUAGCCUUCAUCUUGAAGUUCCGAGACAAUAUGUUCCAUGUUAUGACUGCUCAGAUCACUACUGUUAUCAUCACCGCAGUCUCUUUUGUCAUUUUUGACUUCAGGCCUUCUCUGGAGUUCUUUUUGGAAGCACCUGUAGUACUUCUCUCCAUAUUCAUCUAUAAUGCCAGUAAACCAAGGUGCCUGGAAUAUGCCACUUUGAGGGAAAGGGGCAAACUCGUCCAAGGAGAUGCAUGGGAGAGGUCAAGUGGGGAUGGAGAAGAAUUUGAGAGACUGAACAAGCCAAGCAGUGACAUGGAUACAGAUGAAGAUUCUCUCUAGCAUAUAGCUGUCUCAGAGAAGUGUUAUUACUCCUGCUGAGAGAAUGUCAAUAUUUUAUUCAGAUAGAGAAGGGCCAUUUUUCCCCACUUGGGAACAACUGAGAUUAUGUUAGGGUUGGAUGCCAUAGGUGGAUGAGGAAAACAUUCAGGCCAUAUAUAUGGAGAGUUGUAUUCCCUCAUCCUAUCCAUGUAAAUCGGAAAUUCAAAAUCUGCUGAAAGAAGCAAAAUUUGCAACUGAUGUAAACAAGAGGAGGCUUGGACCCUGGACUCGGUGAUCUGGGUGACAUAUCAUGCAUUGUGAAAGGCAGUCCCAGACUCUAACCAUGUGUCUUUCACUGCUUUGAUUGACUGUCCCAAGUCACUGUGACUCCUAUAUGAACUCCUUGGUUAGGAAAGCAGAGAUAAAACUGUUCUCCAUCUUGCAGAAGUGAUAUCAGUGAUUGAUGUUUUUGCUGCAUCUUCCAAUGUACAAACGCUCCAGUAAGUUUUCUUUUCAGGACUUAAAAUGUACUAAUAACCUCAUAAAUAAUGAAUCAUGUUGAAAUUUAUCAUAUUUUGGCAAUUCAGAUUGACAUAUCCCUAGCUGAGUAAAAGAGUCCACCUGAAACGACCUCAUCAAACUUUCAGUUGAGAAUGUAUAAUAAAUUUAAUCAUUUUGGUUAACGGUAUGUUGAUCCUUCAAACACGCAGAUCUCUAGAGUGUGAUUUGAGAUUAAAUCUCUAAGUUCUGUCUUCAUUUCUGUUUUUAACAUUAGUGUAACUCUGUACUGACUCCUGUGGAGUCCUUUCUUUCUGAUUUUCUCUGAUGUGACUGACAGCAGAAUAGAUCUCGCUGUCUUCAGCUACUACUUCUCGCAUUUCCAGCGUGAGACUGCUGUGUGCCUGUCUCCCAGUGUAUGGGGAAAUGAAAAUCUGAAAUGCCUUUGUAACAAACAGUGAAUUUUACAUCCAACUUAUAUGGCCUAACUUUGAAUGACCUUGAAUAAAACAGAAGUGUGUUGUACACUAUGAAUGCAUCACGGGGUUGUCUUUGCAUUUAGAAAGGCUCUGUACAGAGGCCUAAUUUGUGCUGAGGCUGCUAUCAGAAGACAAAUAUUAUGCAGCUAUGGUGAUGCCCUUCAACAGCUGGAGCACUGAACAAGAGGGUGUAGGUGGUACUAUCAUUUCUUGUUGCUCCACCCUGUCUGACUGAUAAGGUCUUGGUUUCGUUUUGUAGGGAGAGAAAUCAUUGUGCAGAGUGCCAGGCAUAAUGAGUCACUGAGAUUCUUGCUGGAUCAAGUUUUGAGUGAGAUGAAGAGUACCUUCCAAAUAAUUCAGAAAAUUUUAGAAAUGGGAUGGAAAUAAGCAUGGAGAUAAGAGACUCUUGGUAUGUUCCUAAAGCCUUUUUCAUCAGAACGGUGGAAAAUAUGUUGUUUUAUAAUUUCCUCCCUUCAGAAAUGCGUCUUUCAUAGUUGAAAGAUACUGUCAAAAGAAUUCUUAAGAAGAUAAGCAGUGAAUUCAGUGUCAAAGCCUCAUACCACCGUGUAGACUAAUCAGUUAGUGAUGCAUUUCUUUGUGGACUGAAGAUACUUCUGCCUUUGUUCCCCUCUGCCAACCUAUUUCCAGAUUCUGUCUAUAACAGCUUACUUAUGCAAACCAUAUUGAUGGCUCAUUGCUAUAUUAAUUAACAUACCUCCUGUCACUGAUCCAUCAAGAGGGGAGCCUCAUUCCAUAAGUGAUUUUACUAUGAAUGUAAAAUCAUUAUUCUCAUUUCUUUUUUCUUCUGGGUGUAUUUUUUUUUCUAGCAUCUAUCAAGAAUAACUGUACAAACUGAAGUUACUGUUGUGGUUGAAAAAUUUUUUACAGCUGAUCUCAUGGUGCUUGUAUAAUAGGCCAUUUCCACAAAAGGAAUCCUAGUUGUUUGCAUCUGUACAGAAUGAAUAAGAAAGCAUAUUUCAAUGUGAAUUCCAGAAACAUGGCUUUCAUUGGUUUAUGAUGUUCUACUUUGGGAAAUGAAACUUCAAUGCAAAAAAACACCCCAAACUAAUGCUGAAACUGUUAAAUAUUUAGUUGCUGUAAGACAUUUUCAUUUUUUUCCAUUACAUACAGCUUUUCAGUGUGCACCUGCCUGAGUUCAUUGUCUUUUUUUCAAUCAUAGCUACCAACUUUAGCAGGUAUUUCCAAGAAGAGUGAAAGUGCUGUUAUCUUUAGAUUGCUUUGCAUUUACAUGAGCAGUAGCAUUUUACAUGAACUUUUCCAGAGAGUUUUGCCUUGGGUUAAGUCAGAACUCAGAAAUCAGCCUCAUGCCCCUGACAGCAGAACAUUAGACCAAAGAGGAAUAUCUGAAAAACCACAUUUGACUCUCCUGCUUGAAAUAUCUGCCUUAAGAAAAAUGAGAUAUGGAAAUGACUGAUCUGUGGAUUCUAAAAGUGCACUUAGUUCUUGCUUUCAACUCUUGUCCUGCUUAAUGAUUUUCCCUCUAUGAAUUUCACCGAUGCUAUCAUGCUUGGCUUAUUUGCCAAAGUCUUAGAUUGCACCAAGAUAUCAGGUAUAUAACUGUUGAUCCAAUCAUUUACUUGCACUAUAGAGUUGGUCUUGUCUAACAUGUAGAAAUCUUUUUGUUGUGUUCAGAUUGGAGGUCUCGGAGAUUCUGUUGGAUUGGCCAGGCAGGUUUCUUUUAAUAAUGGAGGACAACUGUUUAUCUCCUUUGAGGCAACAGGAAUGUUAACUGCUGUCUAAAGCUGGGUAAGGCUUUGCAUCAACACAGCAAUAAAAAAGUGUGCAAAGUAACUUGAAAGCAUAACCAUGCAUUUCUCCGCUGCUGUGUUAUCUAUGGCAAUAGUCAAAUUUGGUGCGUACAUGAGGAAGUGACUCAACAAUUGUCAGCUGGAGAGCAGUGCUGCUUAGCAAGGAGGAACUGUUGUAUGGAGUUAUAUAUUUCAAGUAGAUCAAGUCGAUCCCACUUGAUUAUUUCCACUGUGUGGUGGACCAACUCCAUGUUCGGAAGGUGACUAUUUUUCUCCUCCAAUGACAGUAGGGAAGUUCGUGAGGAGGUUUUUGGAAAGCAGCAUUAGUUUGGCAUGUAGUCUUUAAUGAAUACUUUGGGCAGAGAGCUCUUUCUGACCCGUGAUUUAGAGUCCAGAUUCACAAAAGUUUGAACUUAAUU